AUGUGCAACAAAUACCGUCUGGUCCAUGAAUGUGGCCACUGGAGUGCCAAAACGAGAAGUGUGUGUUCCCAGGCCCAAGCUCAGCACAACCGGAGACGGCGGCCUCGCGACGGCGAGUGCCUUAAUGUUUGCUGGCUACUAGAUGAGCACCUGCAACUGAAGUGCCGAGAUUGCCAUAGGAAAUGGAGGAAAGCGCAGGCCGCCAAUUUUGAGAGCCGCAGAAAGCAGGCGUUGCACUUGGCGCAGAAGUAUCCCAGCAUCAAGCAAGCCAUCCACGACAGGUAUGUUGAAGAGAAGAGCUACUUUGUGCACAAGCUCCCCCAAUGGGAGGCAGAAACGGAGAGCAUGUCGGGGCCGAGCGUCUAUAACCGGUAUCCCGCCGAGAUUGAGAGGGCCUACUCCGGAUUCGUUGACCUUUUUCGCCGGAUGAAAGAGGAGUUGGAGAACAAGGAAGCUGCCGAAAGCAACCAGACCGGCUACCAAAGUGACGGGAGCACCUGCCCGGGAUCGUAUCCCCAGUCCAGCAACUCCGGUUCCACCUGCCCGGGAUCCUACAGCGCCGGGGGAAGCAGCAAAGGCUCCGACAGGGGACACAGCAGGUCGGGCCGCGGCGCAGGAAGCACGCCAUCCGGAAGCCAAUCCAGAAGAAGGUCUGCGACCCAAUCGGGCCCGGCACUCGAACAAGAAGAAGAAGAAGAGGUUGGAGGGAGCAGCAGUUCCUGGGCCCGGAGCAGCAGCCACGGAACAAGGUUUGGGAUGACGAUGGCGGACCCAUUCAGCGACAAUGUCGACAGGACCGUGAUCCCAACGAUGGGAAGCGCCGGCUCGCUGGAAGCUGGUCGACACAAGGAGUCGCCCAUCGGCAAUAUUUCUGCUCUUGGCAUUCUGCAAUUGCUCGAGAUCAUCAAGGGUUGA